AUGAAGGGUUUUCUCUGUGUGCCAUGCGGGCAAAUUUACAAGAGUAAAAGCUCUUUUGCCAAGCAUUUUCGCCGUGGCAACGAGAUCAAGUGCACAAAGGAUAAAUAUAAUUGGGAGCGGGAGUGCAUGGCCUACCACACGCUCCACUACAUUGGUCCGGUGCCAGGGAAGUCUGAUGAGCUUUUGGAGGAGAGAUCAUGGCAAAAGGAAAAAGACAAAGGGGUACAACAAGAUAAUGCCGCUGGGCCACUACAGGAAGAACUAUCAGAUGAGGCAAUUCUUUUAAUGCUUGGAAAACAUUCUGAUUUGCUCCAAGAAACUCUGACUGGCUCUUUUAAAUGUCCGGAUUGUUUGGCUGCAGUGUUGCUUCCAUUUGUGAACUCAACAAUAGGGUUGACACCGCCAGGUAGUUUUGUGCAAGCUGGAAUCGAUCAAGUUCGAGAUGAUUGCAGGAGUCCCAAGGCAUUUGUUGCCAGUGCGGAUGAGUGGCUUCGGAGGUAUUCUGGAAAAAUGAUUGCAUCUUUGCCAGGGAAUGUUCGCUAUGAAAUGUUGGCAUUUCGACUUGACACUGAAUAUUAUAGGGUCUUUUACAAAAAGGAAAGGGGUAGGGAUAGGUAA